UUUGCCACACUACCAACCCAAUAAGCGGUUUCCACUGUAGCAAAAGCAGUAUUCUGGUGGGUUUUGAGAUGGCAGACAGCUUAUCGGAACUGUUCGACCACCCAGAGUUCUGUACCAUCAACUUGGCUGCUGCCCAUUCCCCUGAAAACUUCUUUGCCAUCAUCAGCACUGUCGAAAAUGCUCUGUUCAAUGAUACAGUUGAUGCAACAGGAUUGGUUCCACAGAUAUCGAUUCCAUCGAGCACCCAACAUGAGUUUGAGAUCGACGUCCAAAACCCAACUUCUUGCAAGAGGCGGAAGCUGUGUGUUGCGACUUCUUCAGAAGUAGCAGCCCUGGACGGACCGCAACGGAUGUCGCACAUUACAGUGGAGAGGAACCGAAGGAAGCAAAUGAACCAGAAUCUGUCGGUCUUGCGCUCUCUGAUGCCUUGUUUUUAUGUAAAGAGAGGAGAUCAAGCAUCAACGAUCGAAGGAGUUGUGAAUUUCAUCAAAGAGUUACAACACGUUCUACAAUUCCUCGAAGCAAAGAAACGAAAGAAAACAUACAAUGAAGUUCUUAGCCCAAGAUCCAUACCAUUAAGCCCAAGGCCCCCACAACUGAGCUCUAGAGCAAGCUUACCCAUAAGUCCAAGGACCCCACAACCAACUAGAAAUUAUGACCCUAGGAUGCAUCAACCUUCUCUCUCCCCCACCAUGGUUACUUCACAUGAACCUUUCUUCUUUGAAAAUGCUGUAGGACUCAGUGCAAACUCGAAAUCGCUGGUUGCCAAUGUGGAAGUGAAGUUUUCUGCAGGUUCGAAUGUCCUUCUAAAGACCAUGUCGCAUAGGAUUCCUGGCCAGGUCCUGAAGAUAAUCACCGCCCUUGAAGGCUUGUCCCUCGAGAUACUCCAUGCAAGCAUCAGAACGGUUGAUGAUACCAUGCUCAAUUCAUUCACCAUCAAGAUUGGUAUUGAAUGUGAACUAAGUGCGGAGGACCUGGCCCAAGAAAUUCAACGAACGUUCUGCUAAAACAAUUGAUGUGAUGACCUUUUUCUCUCUCAGCUACAUUUUCAUUAGCCAAAUCAACGGCCUAAAUCACUUCCUAUAUGGGCCAUCCCUUGUGCUAACUGUAACCUGUUGUUCUGCACUUGCAAGCUUUAAUUUCAUGUACAAUCUCUCUCUCUCUCUCUCUCUCUCUCAUUGCAUUUCUGCACGUUCGUUUAUAUGGGGUUUGCAUUGACAAGUGAUGUGUACGUUCAC